GAAAUUAAGCUAGAAAAAAAAAAGAGUGAAGAUGGAAGAAGCAAGGUCGAGAAAUUUGAAAGCUCCUUAUAACGUUCAAGAACUGGCAAAGCAACAAGUAGGAACCAUUCCGCUGCGAUAUAGUCAUGAUGAUAUAGAAAAGAUAUCAGAUUCUUCUAUGUUGUUGCCUGAAAUUCCAGUGAUUGACAUGCUGGCAAUUGGAGAUGAUAAUUCUGAGCUUCAGAAGCUUCAUUUUGCUUGCAAAGAAUGGGGAUUUUUCCAGGUGGUGAAUCACGGAGUGAGUUCAUCGUUGGUAGAGAAAGUGAAGUCAGAAAUCCAAGCAUUUUUCAAUCUCCCAAUGGAAGAGAAAAAGAAAUUUGAGCAACAAGAAGGGGAUGUUGAAGGAUAUGGGCAAGAUGUUGUUUUUACUGAAGAGCAAAAGUUAGAAUGGGGUGAUAUAUUUUACAUGACCACGCUGCCUAUCAAUUUUGGAAAACCUCACUUAUUUCCUAGCUCCCUCACUCACUUAGGGAUAUCAUGGGAGAAUACUGCAAAGAGAUGAAGAGCUUAACGAUGAUCAUCAUAUGACAAUUGGGGAAGGCUUUAAGGAUGGAUGAAAAGGAAAUGAGAGAUCUAUCCAAUGAUGGUAUGCAGCUAAUAAGGAUGAAUUAUUAUCCUCCUUGUCACGAGCCAGACAAAACCAUUGGCGUAAGUCCUCAUUCUGAUACUGAUGCCCUCACCAUCCUUCUUCAGCUCAACGAAACUGAUGGUCUCCAAGUCAGAAAAGACGAUAUUUGGGUGCCUAUAAAUCCCCUCCCAAAUGCUUUGAUUGUCAAUAUUGGCGAUAUGAUGGAGGUA